AUGGCUGUUGAUCCUAAGCAAUAUUGUAGCAAGACAGUUAUGAAAUCAAAGGAGAAUGCCGCAAAACAUAAUCAGGAAGAAGAGCAAAUUGACACUAAAGAAGACCACCAACUCGAUGGCAAUAGUGAAAGGAACUUUUGCCCACGAAUCGACAGAAGACUCAUCCCAUCGAAACUGUUUUAUUUCUUGUAUUUUUCUUCAUUGGGAGCUUUGGUGCCUUAUCUUGCUUUGUAUUUCAAGCAAAUGAAACUAACACCAUCCCAAGUUGGAAUAUUAAUGGGACUGAAGCCCUUUGUGGAGUUUAUUUUUACUCCGCUCUGGGGGGCCUUAGUGGACCGUUUCAAAACAGGCAAGGCAGUUCUUUUGCUAUCCCUUUUCGUUACUGCAUUGUCACAGUCCUCGCUGUUUUUAGUUGCACCAGCUGAGCGGAUAUGCGCAAUGCGAUUAGUCUCUCGUGCCACUGAGCUGCCGAGUAAUACAUCGAGCAUCUUGCCUCAACAUAACGGAAAUAUCUCCUCUUACUGGAAGAAUUUUGUUUUCGUGUCCUCCGUGGUGAACGGAAAGCCAUGGCCGUUGGUUUAUAUGAGCGAAGAAGAGACUUCAUCUUCGACGUCGCCACAAGAACACUUCAACACUUUAAAAGCUUUCACAAUAUUAUUUAUCGUUAUUUUAUUGAGCAACAUUUUUUCUUCUCCGUCGUUAGCCCUUGCUGACUUGAUCACAAUGAAGACAUUAAAACCUAAUGUGCACUUGUAUGGUCGGCAGCGACUGUGGGGCUCUGUUGGAUGGGGAGUUACCUCAUUCGUAGUAGGAGCGUUAGUUACUCUGAGUCACCAUUGUCCUAAUCCAUUUACCAAGCCUUCCGAAGUCAACUUUAUGCCAUGCUUUUGCACAUUUGGUGUAUUAAUGUUAUCAGCCCUUUUAACCUCUACAAAAUUUGAAUUCUCCUAUGACACAAAAGACAGAAAAGGUGAAAAUAAACGCAACGGGAUAAUUAAUAGCCUUAAGAAGAACUUAAACCUGAAAUACGUUAUUUUCUUAGUCACGGUGUUUUAUUUUGGAAUUUUGAAUGCCUUCACGAAGACUUUCCUAUUUUGGUAUUUGAAAGAUUUGGGCGGAACUCAGCUGCUCUUUAGCGUUAUCACAGCUGUAAACUGCUUUGCAGAAGUCUCUAUGUUUGUUUUAUCAGACAGAAUCAUUUCGCGCCUCGGCCACGCAUGGGUGUUAUUUAUUGCUACAGGAGGUUUCGCCUUACGUUGUCUGUGGUAUUCAUGCCUGACUAACCCCUGGCACGUUCUUCCGAUUGAAUUCAUGCCUGGAAUAACAAACGCGUUAGCUUGGGUGGCAAUGAUGUCCUAUGUCAAUGAAAUAUCGACCAUUGAUAACGCCACAACACAUCAAGGAAUUCUAUACGCAUUUUACAGGGGACUUGGAUAUGGGUGUGGAGAGGUACUCGGUGGUGUAAUGAUUAACUUUGUUGGGUCGGCAAAUGCUUUCGAAGCUUAUGCUACAGGUGCAGUUUGCAUUCUUUUUGGGAACGUUCUUGUUGAGAAUAUAGAUCAACUAAAACAAUUUUUACAGGUCCCUCGAGUGAUUAGUUAAUGUAUAUCAUAUACCAAAUCCAUGUUAAGUGAGCUGGUCUCACAUCUUUGAGCAGAUUAAAAAUAAUUAGAUAAAGAAUUAAGUAUAACUGGUUUUAUAUAUCGAAGUUCUAAUCUGAUUGUGAUAGAGCACGAAAUUUAAGGCUCUCUUUCCAGCGUUGCCAAUUCGACUUACUGGAAAUAAAAAUGGUCGAAAUAAAUAGAGGGUUUUCAUGAGGUUAACCAGUAGCCAUAGAAUGACCGGAACGUUUAUCCGUUAAACGUAAAAAUGUUGCAAUAAUAAAUGGUGGAAAUUUCGGUGAAAACUUCCAUGUCUCAAGUCUCAAAGCUAACGGAUUCAACAUCAGCCCUUCUUGUAUCCGGGAGUGGACCUAGAAAAUCUUAAUCGAUCUAUUUUUUGAAAGGCAACAUUUUUAGUCUAACAGAAAAAUCUUCUAAAACUGACCCCUAAUAGUUGUAUUGUAUCUAGUCGGAUAUUCCUAAGCUAGUCUGGAAUCGUUUGGUUGAAAAGUCUUUGCUACACUACUGAAUAGACUCCUGUUCUCUGGAUACUUAACGACUGGUGCCAUUUUUUUGUUUGAAAUGAAUGUUUUCAAUGACUUUAAUUGCUUUACUUAAAAUGUGAUAAAUAAGCCUACGCUUUCGUCAUUGCUUAUUUCCGGUUUGCUGACUUCUGCUAAAAUAAAUAAAUAACGUCAAAAAGGAUAGUUGUAAAAAUUGCUCCCCAGUUCUGCUCAUUUCAUCACUUGGGCUGGUAAAACUUCCCUAGCGGAUCGACCACCUGUAAGCUAUUCUGGUGGUUUUAGCGGGCCUGUGUCUAACUAAAGUAAGCAGCGAAAUCGAGAACAAGCUAAAUUGCUUGAAUAGUUAAUCUUUCUAUCAUGAAAUGCGUUAUAUAACAACGAACGUCUUCCAACUUCUUUUGUGAAUAUAGCAAACAUAAAGACGUGAUACAAGGAUAAAUCUUUUGAGCUAACGCUGCUUGAUAUCCUUAUUCCAUCUCUAUGCUAUGAAGCAAGUUUGUUAGUAUUUGCUAUUUUUUGUAUUACGUGUAAAUACAAUAAGUUUCUCUGAAAUUUUUACGUAAAAAAGGUGUGAGAAAUACACCUUACGUGGAAAAUCGCGCGAGAGUGACUGACGAGUGAGUUAUCAAACACUACACUUUUAACGCGACCGCGCACCCCGGGUUACGGUUUGGGACCGAGGCGUUGACAACAAAACACCUGUUAAGUUGCUUAUCAUAAAAAAUUCACGUGUUAUCACUAGGCGGCCAGAAAAGGACAAAUUGUGAAAGAAAAAAUUUGUCAAAAUUGUUACGUGCCCACAGAGGAAUUUAAUGUUUCGCACCAACAUUGAACAGAGAACCAAUCUAACUCUAAAUAUCUUUGGCCUACUUGAAAUUAUUUCAUGUAAGGGUUUUAAGAACUCAAACAUUGAGGAGAUAUGUUGAGGAGAUAUGUGGAACGACGACAAGAAAACCAUCACUAAUCAAGAGAGCAUCGGCGAUGAGAAGAUAUGUUGUCCCAGGGUGAAUCGAAAACUUCUGAUUCCCAAAGCGUUUUAUUUCUUUUUCUUCUCUGCUUGGGGAUCAUUGCUUCCGUACCUGGCUUUGUACUUCAAACAGCUGAUGCUUUCACCGAGUGAAGUAGGCAUUCUUAUGGGACUGAAGCCUUUUGUUAAUUUUCUUGUUAUCCCGAUAUGGGGCGCCAUCGUGGACAAGUGCCAGAAGAGCAAAUUAGUCAUGGUCAUUUCCAUUAUCGCACUUAUACUUGGUACGUUCACUCUCAGCUUAGUUCCAGGGCCCAAAGAAAAGAAAGUAGUGGUCAAAAGAUUUUGUAAUAUUACUGGCCCCAAAUAUUCCAGCUUGAUAGACAUAAAUAGACCAGUUAUUGACAGCCCUAAUCUUGAGUUUCCCGAACCCGGAAUUGACAAAAUGGUUGAGAUAGACAGAAACCAAGAAUCGUAUAUGCCUUACUUUUUCAAAGGUCCCAAACCCUGGUCUCUUGAACUUUUUAUCAACCUGGAUGAAAAGACUAACGUACGAGUAGAACUGGAUACAACUAAGUGCUUUAUGACGUUAUUUUUGAUAACAUUUUUCGGUACUUUAAUCUCCGCUCCAACUCUUGCUCUGGUAGACACCGCCACCCUUCAACUUCUGGGAACAGAGACCCACAAAUAUGGCAUGCAGAGGCUCACUGGAUCUAUUGGUUGGGGUGUUGGAGCCUUUGUGGUCGGUGCGUCCUUAAAAACGACUCACAACUGCGGAAAAGACAAAGAUUAUGAGAUUGUUGAUUAUAUUCCCUGCUUUUACACCUUUGCUAUUCUGAUGUUUUUGGGUUUGUUAACAGCAACACAGUUCAAAUUUGAAGAAAAAACCAAGAAGUCAAGAGGAGCAAGCUUAAGCGUUGGCCUUCAAGCCUUGAAAAGUCCCACAUAUCUUAUGUUCCUUUUCACUGCGUUAUACCUGGGUUUUCUCAUGGCAUUCAUUAAAACAUUUCUCUUUUGGCACCUCAAGGAUCUUGGUGGAAGCCAGCUCCUAUUCAGUAUCAUUUCCGCCGUGAACUGCUUCGCUGAAGUUAGCAUGUACUUUCUUUCAGCCAAGCUAAUAAAACGAAUCGGCCAUGCCAAAGUCUUGUAUCUAGGGCUACUUUGCUACUCGAUAAGGCUGUUUUACUACUCAGCUAUUCCCAUCCCGUGGAUGGUCCUUGCUGUGGAACUGUUACCAGGUAUAACAACAGCAGCAGUAUGGGCUGCCUGUCUCUCUUACGUCAGUAUAAACUCAGGCCCAGGCGCCGCCACUACAAUGCAGUGCAUAUUGCAUGGAGUGCACUGGGGACUAGGCUACGGCGCAGGGGAGGUGAUAGGAGGGAUUAUGGUCCACCAUUAUGGUGCUCCUACCACAUUUAUUAUAUUUGGUAUUUUGUGCAUUGCUAUUUUAGGAGUUUAUGUUUUAAUUAAUUAUUUCUGCGGGUCCAGAGAUGGUAAAGAAGGUUGCAACGGAGAUUCUGCCACCGAAUAUUCAGAUGUCAGUGAUGAUGACCGGAGAUGAUAAAAGGAAAGAAGGAAAUAAUCUAUCUAUUUUUUGAAAUAGCAGCUAUUUCAGUGAUUAAAAUAAAUAGGGUGAAUAGGUAAGGCAAUCGAGCAUUUUGAAUUAAAUAAAUCAAAACCAACGUGACUUUUUUUUUUUAUGUAGCUGAAACUGUCUACAUCACGACGUUGGUGCUAAUGUUUACCAUUCCUGGCUGAGGGAUUCUGUGGUUUAUAUUUGUGAAUUAUAUUAGGUCUGCAUGUCAGUGAUUUCUAUAAUUGAAAGGAGCUAGGAUAUGUGUAUACAUACUAGCUGCCAUUAAAAGAGCCUUCCGUGUAGUUACAACCACUAGUGGCUUCCCUUUUUUAGUAGAGAAAUCAAUUUCCACUUAGCUUUCAUAAUAACGUCUUUGACACUUUAAGUGAACAUGAUGGCAACGCCAAUGCAGGUGUUACGUAAAUCAAUAGUCAGCCUUUUGAAAUCCUUUGGCAAUUUUGAAUUUAGUUUAAUUUCUACCACGCGCCUGAAACUUGCCGGGUGUGUAUGUUUUUAAGCUCCCUCGGAGAAAGGAAAAUUAACCGUACAACGUAAAUUUACGUUCUCUAAAAAACCUUGAUCAUUCGAAGUUGUUCUAUGAAAUGAACGGCAGAGAAAUAUUUCAUGAAACAAUAAAAUGCUCCUAUAGAGAAAAUGUUUUGCUUAUCAAUCGAUCCCGCUGUCCUGAUUUAUUAGGCAAUCCACUGUCUACUAGUGCCCACUCGUUUGAAAAUUUAACCUCGACCCCAUGGCAUUCUCUCUUUGAUUAUCUCAUUAUCAGAGAGUGUGAAUUUCGACUGGUCACGUGCUCAGUGCUUGGAGAUUGGAGACAGUGCAAACAUUGGUCCGUCACUGUUGGAAUUUUACUGCCCUUUCGGGGUCGGGGGAGUUUGAAUCAUGAAAAAGAGAUUACCAGUAACACUUUAAAAGCAAAAAAAACAAAGUUCAAGAAAGUUAAAGAAUCCAAAAAAACCAGUGAUGAUAAAGAAGGGGGGAAGUUUAAGGGGAAUAGCCUUUAAGCCGUCAAUAAUUAACUGAAAGUGUAUCGUCCCUCUCUGCUAAACGUCUAAGAUUGUCUUUUGAGUCCAUCAAGAGUCACACAUAUCAGAUUAGCCUGUACACAGAAGCUGCUUUCUUUUUGUUUUCGAAAAUCGAUACGUGCGCUCAACGAUCACUAAAGAGAAAAUAGAGGGCCUAUGAACAGGCAAAUCUCAGAUAUACAUUAGCAACAUUUGGCUCUGCAUCUGCUUAAAUUUAUCUACAAAUUUAAGUUUCAAGGAAAAUAUUAUUUUAAUGUUGACUCGACUAAGAAUUAUUACCUGAGAGGACUAAAGCUUAACCAUAAGAAGACAUUUUAGCAUGAUACCCACUUCUGCGCAAUAAUGAAGGCUACCCAUGAGCGCUUUCUGUGGCAUAUAAAAGUUUCUCAUUAUCUGUUGUACCAGUUCCGGUUUAAGCAAAUUGAGGAAGCUCGACGAUUCGUGGCAGCGCACGUGUCAAACUAGUAAAAUCUGCUCAACAUUCACGGGAUUUGAACUUAAUUUGUUAACAAAAUAGCAAUAGUUUUAUUCUAGGACAAGAGACCGAGUUUACGAUUCUCUCGUCACCUGCAUUUACCAGCAACCCACCAGUCAUUUAUCUGAUGCGCACUUGAACUCGCACGUGGAUUUGAUCACUUAUUUAUCGCUGUAACAAUAAACUGCUCACAAUUUCGCCCUUAACAACGAAAUACCCCUACUAGUUAGUAAAUUGCAAGACAUUAAGACGAAUCGACCACGUUAGUAAAUUAUGUCUUCUACAGGCACUAACGAAACAAAUGAGAACCAUGGAGAUAAAGUGGAAGAAGAGAAAACUGAAAGAUGUUUUACUAUGAACAAGGUUUACUUGAUAUCAAAAGGAUUCUACUUCUUCUUCUUUUCCGCUCAGGGUUCUUUGUUGCCGUAUUUGGCCUUAUUCUUUAAGCAACUUGAGCUACCUCCGAGUCAAAUUGGAGCCAUAACUGGAAUGAAGCCUUACAUCGCUUUCUUCUUCAUUCCAUUUUGGGGAUGCGUCGCUGAUCGAUUCAAGAAGGGAAAGCUGUUGUUUAUUAUUUCCAUGAUUGCCCUAAUUUCGGGAAUGGUCGCCUACGCUCUCGUUCCCAUCAACAUUUGCGAGACUGAGCCAACAACUGUAAAUACACGAGGAAUUCCAGAUGAUAACAAAAGCCCCUUAUAUUACCCUGUUGGCAGCGAGCUCUGGAAGAUUCCGAACAACUCCAAUCUGUCCAAUGACCGCUGGCAUUCCAGAAUAGUUUUUCGUGAUACCAGGGAUGCUUCUAUGAGGUAUAAUCAGGUAACAGUGAGUACUCGAAGACUGCAAACAGCAAGACAUAAUGAAAGCAGUAAACUUGAUAAAAAACGAUCUUCCCGCAUAUCAGAUUUACUGAGCAAGAUUUCCCCAGAAAGAGAAAAUAUGUUUGCUGAUGGUUUGGAAUUUAGCGUUAGAAAAGGUAGAAAAGAAGAGAUGUCUUUGGAUGGCGUAUCGGAAACAGCAGACGAAUCUGUCGAGGAAACUCCGUGGUCUCAAUCAGACAUGAUCGCCCUUCAAGAAAAUUCACGAAAGUCCCCUAAAAGGAAAAACUCUUUUAUCUUCCUUUACUUACUCUUUGCCACAAUGUUGACAACCAUACUAUCGUGUCCCAGUCUGACAUUAGGGGACACUGCUACUGUAAACCUCUUAAAGCAAAAUGAUGAGACUCACAAAUAUGGAAAGCAAAGGCUAUGGGGAUCUGUUGGCUACGGCUCAAUGGCAUUCUUAAUCGGCACUGCCAUUAGUCGAACUCAUCUUUGUCCUCCAGGAAGCGCCAGGCGCAAAGACGUCAACUACUACCCCUGCUUUGCAAUGUUUGUUGUCUAUAACAUUAUUGCCUUGGUAAUUGGGUCGAGAUUUAACUUCAAUAACAAUAACAAGCCAGACACUAAAGAUACUGAUGAAGAUAAGGUGGCAACCAACGAUACACCUGCUAAUGAUGAUGAAACUAAACGUAGCGACCAAGGCAUCAUUGCGGGGCUUAAACUUCUCACUCGACCAAGACACGCCAUGUUCCUGGUUACUGCAUUUUAUGUGGGCAUUACAAUGGGUUUCAUCCGGGUUUUUCUGUUUUGGCAUCUUAAAGAUUUAGGUGGCACUCAAAUUCUCUUCAGCAUCAUGACAGGUGUAAACUGUGUCGCGGAGGUUACUUUGUAUUUUCUUUCCACUAAGCUUAUUGCCUACAUUGGUACAAUACGUGUACUGUACCUUGGGUUAACGUGUUACGCCGUGCGCUUGUUUUACUAUGCACUUGUUACUAAUCCCUGGAAGGUUCUUCCAAUUGAGUUGUUAUCUGGAAUCACCACAGCAGCAGUCUGGGCAGCCAUGAUGUCUUACGUGGGAACUCACUCGGUAGAGGGAGCAUCGGUAACAUUGCAAGGUAAACAGUGAGACUGCGGUUAAUUGUAUCAUUUUCCUUUUGUUUAACAUUUAUCAAAUCUGGCUUUCGUACGAUAUAAACAAUCACGCAGUUUAGGGAGGGUGUUGUCCACCAAGACCGCCUCAGUAAUUCAGCAGUUUCAUUUUCCAGUUCUCCUCUUCUUAAAUAGCUAACCUACCAAGCUGCCGUUUUGCGUUACGUCACUCGAGGAUAAUUUGCGAUUAUGCUAUCAUUGACGUCAGUGACUGAUGUCAAUGCCGGUAGAAUAUUUACAGACAUCUUCCAAACUUAAUCAGUACCAGCUAGUUAUGAAGAAUUAGCCGACUGAUGAAGACAUGAAGAAAUAUUUUGAAUGAAUAAAAAUAGGGAUUAUAAAGUUGACAUUUUUUUAAUGUUAUUUUUCUAUUUCAGGUAUUUUACAUGGUGUCCACUGGGGUUUGGGACAUGGAUCAGGGGAGCUCAUCGGUGGUUUCCUCAUAAGUAACUUUGGAGCAUCCACGACAUUUGCCAUAUUUGGAACAUUUUCUCUGGUGAUCAUGGGUACUUAUAUAUUAGUAAAUCAUUUAACAAGUGGCUCUGAACAAAAUAAAGGUACAACGAACAUGGAGUAA